AUGGAUGGGGUUAUGGAUGAUGGUACCCUGGAAAGUUCCAGUGGUGACCAGGUUCCGAGCGGCUCUGGGGCCAGUUCAGCGAGAUCUGGGUCACUCAGGGCGUCUGCUCCUGAAAAUUUGGCUUCUGAGGAUCAGCGAGAUCUUCUUGCCGCCGGGCCUCCGGCUCAGGCAUUGGAGCCUUCUGUCAGUUCGGAAGAUCAGCGAGAUCUUACCCUGACUAUGACUAAGCCUCAGGCUUUUGAUCCACGUGCCGAGGUGGACACAUCCGGCAAGUACCUUAUACGAGCUCCGUCUGUCAUCACAGACUACAUAGAAACUCAUUUCCGUCGUGCCCUGACGGACGAAGAGCGAAAGUCUAUGCUCACGUUGCAUCCGCGUCCUGCCACGGAAGCAUUGAUUGCCCCCAAGAUCGAUGAGUCGGUAAAGAGCUGGAUAGGGCACCAGCUGCCUAAAGUUGCUGAUGGGAGACUUUCUUUGGUGCAGCAAGCAUUGCAUGCAACGGUGGGCCCACUGACGUGCACCUGGGCUUCACUACUGGACACUGACCAUGACACUGUCGAGGUGGCAGACGUAAUGAACAUUGUACAGCGUACACUCGUUCUGAUGGGCAAUGUCAAUGCCUUGCUCACCCAGGCACGGCAGCAGACGGUCUUGGAGGCUGGUGGCAAAAAGGUAGCCACAUUAAUGAAGGAUGAGAUGCCUGAGAAAGGCAAGUGCUUGUUUGGAGACAAGUUCACGGCGACUUUGACCGAGAAGGUCAAGGCGUCAACAGCUUUGCGGGAUGCGGUUCGCCUAACUAAGCCCGCUAGUGCAGCCCCGGCAAGAGCCUUUUCGUUCCAGGGGGUUCGGCGCCCAACGGGGCCGGGCCCCAUUCUCACUUCAGUCGCGCUAUCGCGACAGCAACCGGUCCGGGCCACCCCACAGUUCCGGCAGGGGUUAUCCAGAUCACGGCCGCCGAUUCCGGCCUUACCCACCACGGUCCCAGCCGCAGCAGCAGCAGCAUUCCGGCCCGCCUCCGCAGCGGAGAUCAAACCCGUCGGCUUAGCAGCCCGGGGUUGUCCUGCAGAUCAGCGAGAAGUUCCUGCGAUAGUGCAGAAUGCGCAGCUGAAUCUGCACAGCCUACCGGAUUCCUCUCCGGCAGGCCGAAUUUGUCAUGCAUUGCACAAUUGGAAAUUAAUCACACAGGACCCGUGGGUCCUAGCAGCAGUGGAAGGCUAUCGACUAUCAAUGAGCAGCCAGCCACACCAGGAUCGGUUGCCACAGCCAUACCAUCUGGCACCAGCAGAGCAAACAGGAUUAGACGAGCAAUUCCAGAAGAUGCUGUCUCUAAGAGCCAUAAAGAGAGCACCGCAAGAGCCAGGGAUGGAGUAUCUGAGCCAGCACUUUGUCAUCCCAAAGUCCGACGGUCGUUGGCGGGCUGUAUUCAAUCUGAAAGCCCUCAACCAGCAUGUAUGGACAGAGCAUUUCAAGAUGGAGUCACUCCAUCAUGCCGCCGAUCUUCUCCAGCAAGGUUACUUCAUGUGCAAGCUGGACCUCAAGGAUGCGUUCCAUUCUGUCCGCAUCCACCCGUACAGCCUAAGAUGGCUCCGUUUUCGCUGGCGGGAAGAGACAUGGCAAUGCCGAUGCUUGCCGUUCGGGCUCUCGGAUGCCCCCCGCACUUUCACCAAGAUCCUGGCACCGGUGGCAGCAUUUCUCAGAUCUCUGGGAAUCCUCCUAGUGGUGUAUCUGGACGACUGGUUGUUCAUAGCUGCCACAGCAGCGGCAGCCAAGCAAUCGGUGAACGCAGCAGCAUUUCUGUUGGAGCACCUGGGCUUCAUCAUCUCCAGGGACAAAUCGAUCCUGACGCCAGUGCAAUCUCUGGAGUUCCUCGGCAUAACAGUCAACUCGCUGUCCAUGGAGUUUCAUCUUCCAGAUCGGAAGUACGAGGGCAUACGCAAGGACUGUCGCCAAAUGCUGAACAAAGGCACUGCCAGCCUCUCGGCAUUACGGCAUUUGCUAGGGAAAAUGCAAGACGUGACAAAGGCGGUACCACUAGCGCAAGCGAGGUCCCGGAUGUUGCAGUUUGUUCAGAACCAGAUAACGGACGAACAGGAGAUCAUUGCCUUACUGGACGAUGCCCAAGACGACCUCUCAUGGUGGAUUCACCUGACUCCAGCACAACGGUGCAGGCCAGUUCAGAUCGCACCGCCCUCCCUGACUCUGACCACCGACGCAUCCAACCAUGGUUGGGGUGCGACGUGCAACGGCCAAGUCACAGGCGGCCCUUGGACAAUCCACGACGAUCGGCACAUCAACUGGAAAGAGUUGAAAGCGGUCUUUCUGGGGCUGAAGACGCUGUGUCCCGACCUGACAGAACUAACGCUCCGUCUGGAGAUCGACAACACCACGGCCGUAGCGUAUAUCAAUCGGCAAGGGGGCACACACUCGUUCCUGGUGUGCCAGUUGGCGAGGGAGAUCUGGGAUUGGGCGUAUGCUCGUCGGCUGUUCCUGGUUGCAGUGCAUGUGCCGGGUGCCAGCAACACGACCGCAGAUUACCUCUCCCGUCAUCUACUGGUGGACAGCAGCGAUUGGAAGCUGGACAGCGACCUGUUUCACUUGAUUGUGACGCACGAGGGUCCACUUCUCUGCGAUAUGUUCGCAUCGAGACACAACAGCCAACUUCCCCAGUAUGUCAGCUGGUAUCCGGACCCGGACGCAGUAGCAGUGGAUGUGCUUUCGCUGCCCAGCCACAUGUGGGAGGACAGCUAUCUCUUUCCCCCGAUAGCAUUAGUCAGCCGUUGUCUCCAGUUCAUGCAGUACCACCCAAUUGCCAAUGCCGUACUAGUAGCACCAGCAUGGAAGGGUCAGGCGUAUUAUCCUCAGCUGUUGUCCAUGUUACGGAGCCACCCGUGGCGGCUGCCGGAGAUACAGGAUCCCGUGUUGGGUCCAUUCGGCGAAUCACAUCCGAUGGAAGCCAACCGGCUGCAACUAGCCGUCUGGCCACUAUCCGGGAGGCCGCACGAAGUCGCGGCCUUUCAGCACACGCUUCCCGUCUAUGGGUUUCAUCGUGGCGCUCAUCAACCCAGUCCAGCUACGAGUCGGCCUGGAACAUCUGGAUUCGCUGGUGUCAGCGGGAAUCGCUUGAUCCCUUGGAAGCUGAUGAAGUGCGGGUAG